CUUUUUGGGUUGAGGGAGGCGUUCCAGGCGCUUUGGCAAACACACCCAAAACUGCUCGGCCUCACACCAUGUGUGGGAGACAUUUUCACAGAGCUCACCAACCCGAGUGAGAUUCUUCGCAGAAGUACUCAAGAGUUUUCAGACUGAUGGAGUUUGGAGAAGAAAUUCGGAAGGCUAAACAUUCCAUUGCUCAAAUUGGCAAUUUUGGACUUCUACUCUUAUGGUGUAUUCUUCAUUUUCUUGUCAACGUAUGGUACUUUCUGCUGGAAAUAGUUCAUGCGGUUGAAGGUUACUUUAUCUCUAGCGGACUACUGAAGAAGUACGAAGCCCUUAAUUUAGGAAAGCUCCGGUACCUGGCUAUUGUGGUAGGAAGUGAAGAAGCUUACCAAACUUCAGAGAUCACUAAACUUUUACAGUGGCUGGAAACUAUUGGCGUGAAGCAUGUAUGCCUUUAUGACACGGAAGGAGUAUUAAAGAAAUCAAAAGAAGCCAUCUUGGAGAAGAUGAACAAUGCAACAGUAUUUCAGGAAGCUGAUGAAAAUGAUAAGCUACUUGACCAAAAACAUAUGUCAUUAGAAUUUGCUUCAUACUCUGACGGAAAGGGAGCUGUGGCUAAAGCAGCUAACUUACUUUUCACAAAGUAUAUAACAUCAGCUAAUUCUGGUGGAGAUCAGGAACAUAGAAUUUUUACAGAAGCUCACAUGACCGAGGCACUAAGAGCCGUUGGUAGCGGAGGGCCAGAACCUGACCUUCUAUUAGUAUAUGGACCUACAAGAUGUCACCUAGGUUUCCCUGCAUGGAGGAUUCGAUAUACCGAGAUUAUACAUAUGGGAUCAUUGAAGUCCAUGAGACACGGUUCCCUACUUAAGGCCAUUUACAAGUUCACCAUUGUGCGCCAGAACUUUGGCAAGUGAGCCACUCAGAUGGGAAGGUCGUCAUCUUGGAUAAGCGGUGCAGAGCUUCCAACGUUUGUCCAGGGGUUGUAAAUUUUUUAUCCUUUUACAUAAAGGCAGAUUGCACUGGCGUAUAAUCUGCCAAGUUCUUCAUAAAUGUGAAAGCCUCUCUCUCUCUCUCUCUCUCACAUGUGAGGCAACAUAUUAUUGUUAUCGAGUUACGAAAUGACAAGCAAAUGAUUUAGUGCUUUUGGGCAGAAAUUCCUAUAUCUGAUUUGUUUGUCCUUGACA